AUGCCCAUCCCCGUGCAAACCACCCCUCCCGAUGCUAGGACGAACUACAUCAUCGAUCAGCUCGAAGGUGAACGCAUCUCCAUCCCUGGCAGCAAGGGUGUUUUCCGCAUCCUCGCCUCUGAGCAGCAAACUGGCGAUGGCAUGGCCGUCUUCCUGAGCGCCGCCGUCUUGUCCGAUGCGCCGGGCUUCCACUGGCACGAGGAGGCACACGAUGUCUUUCUCGUGAGCAAGGGUUUCUUGAAGCUUUGGAACGGGGAUAAGUGUAGAAUCAUGGGGCCUGGAGAUUUUGCCUACAUCCCUCCUAAAAUCAUCCACAACCCGGAAAUGCUAGGCCCCCACACCGAACAAUUUGGCCUCAUCUCCCCUGCCAACUGGGUCGACUUCUUCCGCUACAUCGCCGAACCCUACGAAGGCAUCAUCGCUCCCGCCAAAGACCCCCGCGACCUCCGCGGCCUGCUCAUCCCCAAAGUCAUCGCCGCCAAGGACCGCUUCGACGUCCACUUCGUCCAGGACCCCAACUACACGCCUCCCGAAGUGGGUGAGUGGCUUCCCGAGGAUAGUGAGCUCCCCAAAGAAAAAUUGACGCCGUAUUACCUCAAGGCGAAUGAGGGGCCGAGGUGGAUGGUUGGCGGAGUGAUGUCGAGGCCGUUUAUCAGGGCGGGACAUGUAGAGGGACGGUUUGCCAUCUCGAGCAUUGAGUCGUCAGAUGUGUAUGAGAAGUCGGCUUUUGCGAGGUGGUUUACGUUUCCCAAGGUUGAUCACUGCUUUUGUGUUUUGGAAGGGCUGUUGAAGAUUAGGGUCAAAUCGGAGGGUGGGUGGGAUACUGUGAGGGAGGGACAGACGGUGGUGAUCUCAGCUGGUGAGACUUUCACUCUUGCGUUCGCCAGUAAGUUCGUGAGAGCUAUUCUGUUCACGAGCGGCCCUGGCAUAGAAGAGGUGGUCCAUACGGCCGGUGCACCCUGCGACGAUGUGAUCUUGCCCGAUGAGGUUGCCGAUUGGAGUGAGGACCAGUUCAAGAAGGCUUGCGAUGAUCUCGGUGUUUUGGUAGAUUCACUCUAA